AUGCCUGGGAUCGAUCCGAAGAUCAUUAAGCAUAAGCUGCAUGUGGAUCCCCUACACCAACCCGUCAGACAAAAGAGACGGAAGUUUGCUCCUGAGAGAGAUGUGAUCAUCAACGAUGAAGUCAAGAGCCUGCUCGGCGCGGGGUUCAUUUGUAAGGUGCAGUAUCCAGAGUGGCUAGCCAACGUCGUCGUGGUCAAGAAAAAGAACGGGAAGUGGAGAGUCUGCAUUGACUUCACGGACCUAAAUAAAUCCUGUCCAAAGGACCCCUUCCCGCUACCUCAUAUCGACAAGCUGUUGGACGCCACCGUGGGGCACCAGCUGAUGAGCUUCAUGGACGCAUUCUCCGGCUAUAAUCAGAUACUCAUGCAUCCGGAAGACCAGGAGAAAGUCCUGCUGCUAUAUCCAGCAGUCUCUAAACACGCCGUGAGUGCCGUCUUAGUUCGCGACGAGGGGAACAUGCAGCUACCAAUCUACUAUGUAAGCAUGGUUCUCCUGGAUGCGGAGACCCGCUACAGCCACCUCAAAAAGCUGGCCUUAGCCCUGAUAGCCGUCGCUCGCAAGUUCCGACCCUACUUCCAGGCUCAUCCAAUUGUGGUUGUUACCUCCUUCCCUGUAAAGUUGGUCCUCCACAAACCCGAAGUCUCCGGAUGCAUAGCCAAAUGGGCCGUGGAACUGGGGGAGUACGACGUAAUAUUUCGACCCGCCACGACUAUAAAGUCACAGGUCCUAGCAGACUUCGUGGCUGAAUUCUCCCCUGCCUUUCUCCCCGCUCUGGAGCAGGAGAUACGCCUCCAAGGCGAGAUUAAGGAAGAAGGAGAAUGGAUCCAGAAACGUCAGAGGAGCAGGAGUAGGGAUAGUGCUUACCUCGCCAACGGGGAAUACAGCCUCAAGGGCCGUGAGAUGCAACUUCAAAGCAACCAACAACGAAAGCGAGUACAAGAGGAAUAUCAAGCAAAAGACGACAGCAUGAUCCAGUAUGUGGCGGUCACUCAACGACUAAUCAAGAAGUUCAAGAGCUGUAAACUCACUCAAAUCCCCCGGGAACCGAACUCACAAGCCGAUGCCCUGUCCAAUCUAGGGUCCGCCCUCGAAACGAAUAGCCAGAUGAGUAUCCCCUUGCUCGUGCUUCAAUGGCCAGCUACCAUGGAGAAUCCCCCAUCAGAGGCGGUCUCAGCUGUCGAAGAAGGCGGAACUUGGAUGACCCCCCAGAUUUGGUACCUGGAGGCCGACACCCUCCCGGAAGACCGUAGCGAGGCCAAAAAGAUCAAGAAGCAAGCCGCGAGGUACUGUAUCUCCCAGGAGAAGCUAUACCGGAGGUCUUUCUCUGGCCCGUACCUAAGGUGUGUGACACCCCAAGAAGCCGCUAGAAUCCUUGUAGAACUACACGAAGGAGACUGUGGAUCCCACUCUAGCGGCAGAAGUCUGGUGCUUAGAGUCAGAAGGGCUGGUUACUACUGCCCCACGAUGGCCGCCGACGCCAACAGACAAGCCAAGCACUGCGACAAAUGCCAAAGGAACGCUCCAGUCUCGAAGCUCCCCCCGGAGAACCUCAAGUCCAUAAGCUCACCAUGGCCCUUCAGAAAGUGGGGCAUGGAUAUAGUAGGGAAAUUUCCUAUGGCACCGGGGCAGAAGGUCUUCCUUCUGAUAGUCACUGACUACUUCUCCAAGUGGGUCGAAGCAGAAGCGCUCAGCCGCAUAACAGAUAUCCAGAUCCGCAAGUUCCUGUGGACCUACGUAAUCACUCGCUUCGGGGUCCCCCACAAGUUCGUCACCGACAAUGGACCCUAG